GGUUUGAGAUUUCCCAAGCUAGGCUGCACCUGUUGAGCUCCUUUUGGCUCGUGCCUAGCUUAGGUUUUCCUUUCCUGACCUCUGUCUUUCUUCUCUCAGUUAAUGAUUCCUUUUUGUUGAUCUUACUCAUUUUUAGCAUGUCUUUUUCUUCUUCUUCCUUUUCGGAUUCAGAAACCUCAAAUACUCGUCUUAGUAGUGAGGAAUUGAACGUCGAAUUAUUUAGUCCCCCCUAUGGCCCCCUUUGCAGGCAAAAAAUGCUUAGGAGGCAUAAAGGAGCUUCCCUUCUUCUUUCCUCAGAGUCCCAUCUCAGUAGUGAUCCUAACUUAGAGAACUUACCUGAGAAUCUUAACUUAGAGAUCUUAACUUAGGAUCCUAACUUAGAGAACUUACCUGAGGAUCUUACUAUUGACCACUCCACUAUAAUUGAGAAAGAGUUCAUUCUCCUCGUCAAGAAAUACCACCUCAUCCUUGAUAAUUAUUGGUAUAGAGAACCCAGGGGUUUGAAAGCCCACCAGGCCCCCCAUGGUUGUAUCAUUGUGUAUGAGCAAGCUCUUGCUGCCGGUCUUAGGUUUCCCCUCGCGGCUCACGUAGUUAAGGUGUUCUUUGUUAUGAGGUUAUGUCUUUCUCAAUUAAUUUCUAAUGGCUGGAGGUGUCUUACUACUUUCAUUCUCUGUUGCUGAGCUCGAGAUAUUGAACCCACUGCUCAACUUUUCUUUAGGAUGUUUAAGGUGGUCCCUGCUAGUAAGACCGAACUUUGGUUCGCUUUCUUUGCCGUCAACCAGCGUUAGUUCGUCGUUGAUGAUCCUACCUCCGUAAAACGAUGGAAGAGUAAGUUUUCCUUUGCUGGCCUGAAGGACAGGAAUGUUGGCUUCGGGGUGCUAGCUGAGUUGGUUUUCCAACCCUCAAAGAUUUGUGGUCUCAAGGUCUCGCAUGACGAGCUUCCUCACAUUCGGAUUUUGAGGGAGUUGAACCCCAUCAGUGCUCGGGCAUUGAUAUCUGACUGUAACCUAUACUUGGGGGGUCUAUCAGCUCAUGCUUGCUCCAAGCCUGAUGUUACUCUGGCUAAAAUGGUGAGCACGACCUUUAUUUGGGGAAAGAAUAAGCAGCAGCCUGUGGAGGGUAAGGAUGCUGCCGCUUCCAAGAAGGGGAAAGCUGGCCUGGAUCCCUCCCCUACUGGGGAGGGGGAGUCUAGCCGUCUUAGGAGGAAGAAAACUUCUCAAGCCCCGAGACAAUUACCUCAAGCACCCGAGUCUCCUCCAUACCACCCUGACCAUGUUCCUAACUGGGGAGUAAAGGAAAGCGAUCUUAGCCGGAACACCCAGGUGGCAAGGCAAAUGAUUCAUCACUUCGCAACUCCUGCAGAUCGUCAAGUAUUGGCUGAACAUUCCUCAGAGACAGUGGAGGCCGCCUUGUGCAAGCAUCUGGCCCAGGUGGUCACAUUUGUCUCGGACUUCUCUGAACGCUUUGCCCAGGCCUCUAAGAAGACCCUUGAGUUAGACACCCAAUUGCACGAGAGGGACGAGCUAGUAGACAGUCAGAGGAAAGACUUGGGAGAGUUAACCUCCAAGCGACAGUCUUUGGGCCCACGCAUUCAGGAGCUCGAGGAAGAGCUAUCCCGGGUGAACUCACUCAAUCGUAGAUAUGAACGCGAGUAUGUUGAGCCCACCAAACUUCCUGAAGUGGAGGUGUUCAUCCAGCAAAACUUGCAGGAGGCUUGGAGGAAGGGAUUUCAAACCCAUGCGACCGAGGUGUUACGAGCUCAUCCGGACUUGGAUUUGUCCAAUGUUCGAUCUAUUAAAGAAAUUGUGGCCGAGUUAGAGGAGGACUCGGAGGUGGCUGAUGACUAAAACGCUUCUCCUGAUGCUUGAGUUUUUUCACAUUUUCUAGCUAGGACUUUUUGUACCUCCUCCAACUUCAUGUAUUGAAUUAUUUCGCUUUUAUAUAAUGCUAUUCUACUUUGAUUCUUCACUUUUUGAUUGCGAAUAUAUGGGCUAAGACUAGUUGAAACUUGAUCCUUUGCAUAGUUGAAGGGAUUAAUUUGACCCUUGGUUCUCCUUUAGUCGACAAAUUGAAAGGGACGGUCUAGGGCUCUUUACUCUUGGAUUUUAGCAACUCCCUUUUGGAGGAGGGUGUUGGGUUCUAAGUUAUUUCUGGCCAUUAGUCCGCCUUUGGGGACGGCCUAGAGCUUUUGACCCCUGAAUUUUAGCCACUCCUUCACAGAGGAGGGUGUUGGGCUAGAGUUUUUCCUGGCCAUUAGUCCACCUUUGAUUUGGGGACGGCCUAGGGUUCUUAACCUUCGGAUUUUUAGCCACUCCCCUGCAGAGAAGGGUGUUGGGCUAGAGUUUUUCCUUUGCCAUUAGUCCACCUUCGACUCGGGGACGACCUAGGGCUCUUGACCUUUGGAUUUUCUUUUGGAUGAAGAGAAUCCGAAUUCUUGCCAUUAGUCGUAAAAGAGUACAAAAAGACUCGGGGCAUUCCCCUUUUUAUUGAUAAAAUUUCCUCAAGUUUUGCACAUUCCAAGUAUGUUUCAAAUGCUUGCCUUCCAUAUCUUCUAGUCGAUAUGCCCUCGGACUUAGGGAUUCCACCACCCGAUACGACCCUUCCCAAUUCGGGGUUAACUUAUUCAUGUCCUGAAGACGACUCACAUCAAACUGUUGCAACACAAGAUCUCCUGGCACGAAACUUCUGAUGCGCACUUGUCGGUUGUAGUACCUAGCAAUACACUGGUUAUACGCAGCUUGUCGAAUUCGUGCCAGAUCUCAAAGUUCAUCCACCAAGUCCAAAUUACACCUUAACCCUUGCUCGUUCACCUCGGGAUCGAAAUGCCCCACUCGGUAGUUAGCCACCCCUAUCUCAACAGGAAUGAGAGCCUUCGAGCCAUGACAUAGUGUAAAAGGGGACUCUUCUGUAGUUGUUCGUGGUGUGGUUCGAUAGGACCAUAGUAUGCUGGGGAGUUCGUCUACCCAUCGACCAUCGCUUUCUCCACUCGAGCUCGGAGUCCUUGAAGAAUGGUUCUGUUUGUCAGCUCUACUUGCCCAUUAGCUUGAGGAUGGGCCACCAAGGUAAAAUGUUGCUUAAUCCCUAACUCACGGCACCAUUCUUGUACGGACCGAUCCUCGAAUUGGGUGCCAUUAUUUGUUACUAGCACCUGGGGAAUACCAAACUGGCAUACGAUGGAUUUCCAAAAGAAUUGCUUUACCCUCUGGCCAGUGAUAGUCGCUAUUGGCUUAGCCUCUACCCACUUAGUAAAGUAAUCAAUGGCCGCUAUCAAGUAUUUGUUUUGUCUGGAUCGCUAGCGGGAAAGGUCCGAUGAUUUCAACUCCUCACCGGGCGAAUGGACAAGGCGACGCUAGGUGGGUAAGUUCGGCUGUCGGGGUGUGAACCAAGUUUGAAGUCCUUUGGCAUCUUUCACAAGUUCGAACUAGCUGCACAUCAUCGUAGUAUCCUUGUCGGAGUGCUUUUUGAGAAAGAGACCGAGCUCUAAUAUGACUGCCGCAAAUCCCCUUGUGGAUCUCCCUUAGGAUGUAAUCGGCUUCGGCGGGUCCCACACACCUUAGCAGCGGCUGGGUGAAGGACUUCUUGUAGAGGUCCGGGCCAACCAGUAGGAAUUUGGCAGCUUGGCUCCUUUCGGCUCUCUUGCUCCUUCUUUGGUAGCCACCCCUUAGUUAGAUGUGCUAUGAUGAGAUCCAUCCAAUUUUCUCCCCUAUCCAAGCAAAGCUGUUUUGCUUCUGUCUCAAUGCUUCUUUGGGGUAAUGACUCCAUGUAGACAGCCCGGGAAUACCUGGGGAAGGAAGAAGCAACUAUCCUUGAGAGAGCAUCUGCCACGAUGUUGUUGAUUUUCACUACCUGGAAACGCGCCAUGAGAUUCUUAGCCAUCGCCAAAUACUGGGCCAUAGUUUCCUUUUGGGCCUCGAACUCUCCUAUUACUUGCUGUACAAUUAAAUUAGAGUCAGAAUAUACCUCCAGAUCCCUGACUCCCAUCUUCUCUGCUAGUCUGAGUCCGGCAAGAAAUGCCUCGCACUCGGCCUUAUUAUUAGAGGCAUUGAACUCGAAGUGGAGGGUAUACGACCAAGCUUGUCCAUCGCGGCUCUGGAGCAGUAACCUAGCACCGCUGCCCCUGACGUUCAAGCUCCCAUCCACAGAGAGAGUCCAAGUCUGGGAAACCCUUUCGACUUCUUCACUUGGUAGAGUGCCUUCCAUUAUGAAGUCCACCAGAGCCUGUGCCUUGAUGGCUGGUCGAGGGCGAUAGUCGAUGUCGAAAGCGCUUAGCUCCACUGCCCAUUUGAGCAUCCUUCCAAACAAGUAUGGAUUUCCUAGCACAUGCUUUAAAGGCUGGCUAGUUAAGAUGAUAAUGUGGUGUGCCUCAAAGUAGAGUCUCAGCUUUCGAGCGGAGAUAAUUAGGGCAUAAGCCAACUUUUAUGUCGGAGUAUAGCGAAUCUCGGCCCUGACCAGCCUUUUACUAACAUAAUAGACCGGUUGCUGAACUUUGUCAUCCUCCUGCACUAGAACUGAGCUGACAACUUCAUUUGAAGCAGCCAGAUAAAUACAUAAUGACUUCUCCGGCUGCGGCUUGGCUAGGAGCAGGGGGGAGACUAGAUACCGUUUUAGCUGUUCAAAGGCCUCUUGGCAUUCUUGUGUCCAUGUGAAAUUCUGGACUCGAGUCAAGGCUUUAAAAAAUGGCUGUCUCUUCUCCGCUGACCUUGACAAGAAUCUUCCCAAUCUUGCCAUCCUUCUAGUUAAUCUCUGCACCUCCUUGAUAUUCUGAGGAGGAGGCAUCUCGAGGAUGACCUUUUUCUUUGAGGGGUUGGCCGCAAUCCCCCAGUAACGCACCAUGAACCCAAGAAUUUACAAGCCGUAACCCCAAAGGCUCACUUGCCCGGGUUGAGCUUCAUUUGAUAUUGGUGCAAGGUCCGGAGGCACUCCUGCAAGUCAUCCGGAUGUUGCUUAGCCAAGAGACUCUUGACCAACAUAUCAUUCACGUAAGCUUUCAUGUUUCGACCGAGCUGAGCUUUGAAUAGUUUGUUGACCAACCUUUGAUAUGUAGCCCCGGGGUUCUUAAGCCCUGAAGGGCAUAACCCAGUAACAAUAGGGGGCCUUGUCUGUGAUGAAUGCAGUCUUUUCCUGAUCUUCAGGGUGCAAUGGAAUUUGGUGGUACCCCUGGAAUGCAUUUAGGAAACUCAUCAGCUGACACCUCACUGUUUCGUUAAUCAACGCAUCAAUUCUGGGUAGAGGAUAACUGUAUUUCGUGCAAGCUUUAUUGAGGUCUUUAAAAUCAAUAUAGAACCUCCAUUUCUCCUACCCCUUGGAGACGAGAACCACGUUAGUUAGCCACUCUAGGUAGUCAACUUCCUAGAUGUGAUUAUCUUCGAUAAGUUUUCCCACCUCAGCCUCUAUAUCUUUAGCUCGCUCUGGGGCAAACUUCCUCUCCCUCUGUCUUAUUGGCACGCAAUUUGGGUAAAGCCAGUGAUGGGUUAUGACCGUUGGGUCUAUACCUGGCAUAUCCAGUGUAGACCAGGUAAACACAUCACGAUAUCGUCGUAGAAGUGAAAGGACUUCAGAUCGCAAUGGCUCCUGUAACUUGGAACUGAUUCGCACUGUUCGAUUAGGCUCUUCCCCCAGCGGGACUUCCUCAAGCUCGUCCACUAGCUCUGAGGUUUUUGGCUCUUCUAGACCCUCCAAGACAAAAUUGGUGACCACGCUAGGAGGGGCACUAGAACUCUGUCCCACCCUCCUUAUUGGCCUUUGCCCUGCUUCCAUACUCUGGGCCCUAGCUUGCUCCGGCUCCAUUUGGCCCCGACCGGCUUGAGGAAAAGCAUCCUGGUUCAGUCUUGAAUUUGACUCUAACCCUUUGGUAAUAAUAGCAUUCAGGGAGGCCUAAUCUCGCCUGGAGUAGGGAAUUUCAACACCAUGUGAUACGUGCUUGGUACCGCCCUUAGAGCACUAAGCUUGGACCUUCCAAAGAUCAUAUUGUAUGCUGAGGGGACAUCAGCAACCAAGAAGUCCAACGCCACUUGGGAUCUGCGAGAGCCGCUACCAACAGUCAGGGGCAGCUGGAUCAGCCCCUUCGAAUGUACCACCAUUCCAUCAAAACCUACUAGUGGGACUUGAAUUGGCCUCAGCUAAUCAAGUGUAAAUCCCAUUCCCAAGAACGCCCUUUUGUAGAGAAUCUCCGAAGAGCUGCCAGGGUCCACCAAGAUUUGCCUCAUUUCCCACUCUCCUACCUGAGCAGUGAUUACUAGAGGAUCUGAGUAGUUGAUGUGAAUCGGAAGAUCUUUCUCGGAGAAAGUGAUGAUCGCCUCCUCCUUUACUGCAUUAUUGGGAGUGGUGGAGCCUUCCCUAUUCUGAACCCCCAACCAAUUAUCUUGAGUCCUGGGACCUAUUCUGGGCCCACUCCUCCACAGGCUGUUUUCCUUCUCUCUGAGGCGGUGUCCGAGUUCACUUUCGGAAGUGAUGACGAGGAGGAGACCUCCUCCUAUUCUCCGGCUUGGACUCUACCUUGCCCGAGCUUGUGCCUCCUCUCCAAAUGAAAUCAUGGAGGUAGCCUCAGUUGAUGAGCUAUUGAAUCUCUUAUUUCAAUUGGAUGCAGUCUUCUGUAUCAUGACUGUGGUCCCGAUGGAAUCAGCAAUACUUCUUUUUGCUUCGAGUGUUGGGCGGAGACUUCAGUGGGGGAGGACGCUGCAGAUAAUCCUUAUCCUCUAGUGCCAAGAGAAUCUCUGCUCGACUUGUAUUGAGGGGAGUAUAACUCACCGGGCCUCCACGAAUACCCCCAAAACCGAAGAUCGCUCCACGAAUACCCCCAAAACCGAAGCGAUCUUUUGUUCGGGAUGAGCGAUAUUCGGCCUUCUGUUCUUCCACUAGCUUUUUCUUCUCCUUCUCUCUUUCCUUCUUGUCGGGCAAGGACUUUUAUAUUGAGGGUUGUCGGGCAAGGACUUCUGUGAAGGUACGAGGUGGAGUCUUGGCCAAGACUGAGCGAAUGGCCCAGCCCUCAAGCCAUUCUGGAGGGCCACCAUUGCAAUCUGUUGAUCAAACUCGUCGAUGCUCAAAGCCUCCUCAUUGAACCUGGCCAUAAAAUCCUUUAGGGACUCCCCUUGGUUUUGCUCGACGUUAACUAGAGCCAUGGAAGACUUCUGGUGACGUUUCAAGGGAGCAUAGUGGGCUAGGAAACAUGUUUUCAGCUCUCCCUAGCUGUUGAUGCAAUGAUGGGGAAGGCAAGAGUACCUCGUCUGGGCAUGACCUCCCAAAGUAGCCAAAAAGGCCCGACACCACAUCGCGUCCGACCCCGACUGCACCAGCAUAUGAGAGGAAAAGAGCUCUACAUGAUCAUAGGGGUCGGUGUUUCCAUCGUAGAGCUUUGUGGACGGGAUACGAAACCUCUCUGGAGGAACCUCUGCCAUGAUGUUCUUACUCAGGGGUUGGUUAGAGCCGAAGUGGGGUAGCUCCUCCUUUCCCCUCUUGAGUUCCUGAACCUGCCACUCUAGAAAACGCAACCGCUGCUUCUGCGAGGUCCCUUCUUCCCGCGAGGGGGAGGAAGUGGAUUCUGUCACCUUCAAAAGAUGGAUUUCUUGGCCUGACGGAUAGGAUGGACGAAGCUCCGGGGUAGGAGGAGGGGACUGGUGUUCUUCCUGAUGAAAAGGCACCUGUCGACGACGCUGUUCAUUUUGCUGCAGAUAACCGGUUAACAACUCAAUUAGCUGUUGAAUUUGAUUUUCUAGCUUGACGAGACGAUCUUCUGGCAUUGGAUUGGCUGGAGGCGAUAGAUCCUCUCCUUGCGCCGGGGCCUCCAGAUUGGCCCUAGCUUGGCUGCGAGUCACGUCCCUUCGGGGGGCCAUCCAGUUAGUUAUGGCAAGGAGUAAAAUCGUUAACACUAGGUUGGAGGUGAGAAGAUCGGGGUCUGAAGUGAGGAGUAGAAGUCCGAAGCAUGAGGCAUGGAAAUAAGAGGUUGGCGAGUAUGGACGUCGGCCCCACGGUGGGUGCCAAAUGAUGAUGGUAUUUGAGAUCGAUCACCACGUGUCGCCUUGACAAUUAGGCCUCGGGAGUGGGAACUUCGGACUUGGCGAUGUUUGACCUCGGGAAUGUAGCCUGCAAGACAAUGGAGCACUAGGGGCUAGAAUCUCCCGGGGUAGACUCCGACGCUCAAGUUAGUAGAAUAAAUGCAAGUAGAAAAUGUAAGAGCUUGAGACUUGUUAUACCUGGUGAAGACCCUAGUUUUUUAUAGGCAGGUCCGUUAUAGGGUACCCGAGAUAAAACUCGAGAUGGGCGAGCACGGCUCCUGAGGACCCCAGUCAAGUUGGAAUGGGUCUUGUGGUCCAAUCCGGAUUUUUCGGACUCCAAUUUGGAUUGCUUUGCAAGCGUUGCCAUGUGUCAUUUUACUAGUCGUAUAGGACUGUUCCCCGCUCUGUCUUGUUGGCUUGCCACGUGUCAACCUCUCGGGCGAUCCAUGUGGCAAGCGAGACUACUAAUGCGCAGGGGGUAGUUUAGUAAUUUAGGCCAUGCCACAU